AUGAAGCUGCUGGCUGCUGAAGCGCAAGUGCCUGCCUUACUGUCCGAUGACGUGUUGGAGGCUGGGCUUCAAGCACGCCUUGAUCUGGAAGAGCAGCUGAAGACAGUCAAGGAGGACUUCGAGCUGGCUCGUCAGGAGGCGCUGCAAAAGGCCCGAGAAGACUUGGAGGCCGUCAAAGAGAGAAAGCUUCAGGAAGUGCAGCGGCGGUUUGAGGAAGACAUGAAAAAGGCCGAAGAAACCAUAGAAAAGGACCUUGCAAAGGCCAUGGCAGAUGAAGAAAACAGGCUGAAAGAGCAGUCGGCAGCAAAUGUGGCCAAGGCUCAGCAAGAUGCCUUGGAGCAGGCAACGCCGAAGGCUGAGAAGCAAGCCAAGGAAGCGGCGCAACAGAGGCUGGCUGAAGCAGAGGCCAAGCUGGAGGCUGCACGGCAGAGUGUCGAGGUGAACGGAGAGGCGAAAGAAGAUGUGGAGGUGGAAGCUGAAGAGGCAAGUCGGAAGCGCAAAGGCUCAGACACAUCGGAUUAUUCAUACUCCGCUGACGAAGGCGAAGCCUGA